UUCGAAUAGAAAGUAUCUCUAAGCAAUCGAAACAGAUAUUUUCGGAAAUUCGAUACCAGCCCAGUCGAAUUCAUCUUGCUAGGCAAUACAACCAACUAGCACGAACGUAUUGGGUUCCAUUCUAGUUGCAUAAAAUGCGUGGCUUCGCUUUUACAGUCUCGCUUAUUCUUGCAGCAAGCAUCUCAUUUGUUGCUGCUCAGGACAACGAACAGCAGAUAAUUCCCGCUUUCCAAUCAGUAUCGCUCGAUAAUGAUCCAUAUGAAAAUUAUGUUAUGCGUCAGAACCGUACAGCUAACUGUAUUGGUGUAGGAGAUAUUGAUACAUCAGAUCCUUAUCCUAUUAUCGAACCAUGUACUGCCGAUCUUAGUCAAGUUUGGUUACGUAUUGCAGAUUUCGAGAAUCAGGGGCAGUGGCAAAAUAGAGUGACACAAACAUGCAUCACGGUACCAUACAAUGGCGAUCAAGUUAUUCUCAAAACUUGUUCGGCCACAACCCUCAACAAUCAAAAGAUUCUCGAUGAUGCUCUCAUUGCGCCCCGACCGAAUACGGCCACCAAUGUUUGCUUAGGUCCUUGCGCAGACGCAUCCGGGCGACUGUGUACAUUUGAGGCAGGAACCGUAGACUGGUGUGCAGUACCCGACACCAAUGAGCCCGCUUUCAAUUACGAACUGUACGCCGAGGAGUUCUGUCAAUCACCAAUCUCAGAGGGGCGAUGGGAGAUUGAUUUCUACGGAGAGUGCUCUACUACUUGCGAUACUGGUCUGCGCCCGGUGACGUACGUGUGCUCGUCGCUUCGGGAUCUCGAGUAUUCUUGCUGCGGCGACCUGCCUGAGAAUGAGGUCCCUUGCAACUCUGUACCAUGUGGUGCGAGUGUGAGCAACUAUAAGGUAAUCAAAUCUACCGCCAGUCUGGAUUCACCAGAUGCUACCCCGUUGUGUAUCGAUGCAAUCGAUCCCACGCACGUAGAGAUGCGACCAUGUGCAGGUUCAGACUCCCAGCUCUUCAUUCAGAUCAAUCCCAAAGACGACAAACAGUGGGUCAACAAAGCCACUGGCAAUUGUAUCCAAGUUCCCGAGCGAUACAACAUGGACAAGCAAACAGACUUCAUUUUCCUACGCCCUUGUCAGGAUGAUUACUCUGACUCUGAUAAUUUCCGUUAUCAGCAGUUCGCCGUCGACGAGCUUGUCGAGACUAGAGUGCGCACAUGCCUUACACCUUGCGACUCGCUAGCUGAUGGAACGCUAUUCGAACCCUCACUAGAUGAUCUGCUGAUUGCAGGACGUCAAGAAGAAGAAGCGUUCUUCAACCCCGCAGCCGACAAUAAAGACGCCGUAUGUGCUGUUCGUGAUAAUGACAACAAUGUUACUCCGUGGUGCCAGGCUGGAUCAUUCUCAUACCUCGGUCUAGACCUGUACAACAGACGUAUGGAAGAUCAACUCUGGUGCCAACAAGAGGAGUCCGCUGGCAGCUGGCAGUACUUUGGUGAAGAUCAGUGCAGCGCGCAAUGCGAUGGUGGAAUUCAACGUUUCGACUAUCGCUGUAUUCCUGAAGACCCUAACGUCGAGACCGCAUGCUGUGGCACGAAACCGGGAGAAAGUUCGCGUCUUUGUAAUGCACAGCCUUGUGAUGCCACACUGGAUGAUACUUGGGUACUAGAGGACCUGAGGGAUCGUGGACGGUGCGCAACAACCCAAGACGACAACACGCUGACAUUCUCUGAUUGCUUGAGCGGUGCAGAAACGCAACGAUUCUUGUGGCUCGAACAACCUAGAAGCGGCAGUUCUGAAACACAGCAGUGGUUCCAGCCUUCCACGCAGCUUUGCGUAACUGUUUUGUGGGAUCGUGAGGGCGGUCUCGACCAGGAAGCUGAGGUACGAAUGAGCAACUGUAGCAUAACUCCUGAUGAUAUGCAGUUCUUCCACAAGCCCUCGUAUUUAAUCAACACUGCUAUCGCCGCUUGCUUGGCCCCAUGUACCGAGGACGAGGACAAGGUUUGCGCAUUUGGUCAAGAGGGAAGUGACUGGUGCACUGCUGAUGUAAGCACGCCUAAGAACACUUAUAUGAAAGGAUUCAAGUAUUGUCUGCAAGACGGAAUCGACUGCCCCGUUGACUCUGGCCUGGUGACUGUAACUCAAUUUACAACCGUUGAGGGUCCCGAGCCUACCUUCGCAAGCACAACAACUUCCACGAUUCUUGUGACUUCGACCGAAGGUGGCAGCAGCGCAGCGGUGAGUACCAGCACUUCUGUACAGCUCACUACAGUAACUCAAGACGUGACUGUCUCGGAGGUGACGACCUCUACCCAGGAAGUGACUAUUACCACCGAAGAUGUUACAACCACCACCGAGGCACUCGUUCCCGUAACAUCCACUUCCGAGGUGGUAUUUCCGGUAUUCAGCACCUCAGACGUUGUGACCACCUCUCUAGGGGCCACUACAUUCAACCCCUUCGGCGAUGCUACCACAGGUGUCACUACAGGUGACACCAUAGCAGGUGAUGACACAGAUGCUACAACUGGAGAUGGAGUGGAUGGUAACUGGUCUGAGUGGGCUGAGUGCACUGUCACGUGCUCAUUUGGAAUUCAGACACGCGAGUGUAACAAUCCAGCUGCGUCCGGCGGUGGUGCGGAAUGCCCCGGAGCUGCGAUUAGAACAUGUAACCCAGGGCCUUGUGCACGUGCUCUUGAUAUGCGCUCUGUUGAUGAAGGUGAAGUACGAUUCGCCGAGUCCGAAGAGUACAAAGUGAAGUUUAACAGUGGCGAGGGUAACGUGGGUAACAUGAACACCAAAGCAUCCCAGAGGCGGUCAGCAAAGCUAGGUACAGGCCAGGAUACGGGCCGAAGCUAAGGUAUUCAACAAUAUCUUAAUGUAAAUAGUAAAGUACGGAGAGAAUAGGGCUUACCCGCCGAAGAGUGGGUAAAUGAUAUCGGAGUAACUGUAGGUAAGACUUCAACUGGGUUGAGGCGAAAGCUGAGAACCGAUAUGGAUCUGAGCACUUCACUCAAGCUGCGAGAUCAGUUAGACAGUCAGGCCGAUCCCGAACCGUACUCAAUGUGCGGGACAAGGGUUAUGGUUUAGGCCUUAUAAUGUGGUGGAUGUACGGUGACAGGACGAGUAUGUAGAUGUAAAGAUGUCAAAUCUUUGCACUGCUUGUGAAUGUGGAGUUCAGGGUGGAUCGAGUGAGCGAUAACUCGAUGCAGACCCUCUGCACUGUCUACCUAGAGGUCAAAUCUAUGCACGCUCGUACCAUACGGCGCACAAUCGACGUCAGCUGCGGGCGAUCGGAGUUACUGUUUGGGAUGGAUUUGGAAAGGUGAACAUGCACACAAGCAAGGCCUGCCCUGGAGACUGUAAUAGGUAAUUAGGGAAGGAAAGAGGAAAGAUGGAAAACCAUCAGCAUGCGAUACAAUCGAACAUGCAAAUUUAGCUAAGAUAGCGUGUUUGUUGAUAAUAGCACUAGGGUGGAAUGAUCUUUGUAAGUAGCCAUACUUGAAAGGUUUGGGACUAGAGGAGAAUGAGUGUCGGUAAGAUGUUUGCAUUUGGAGAUCUUCAUGCGAGAAGAUCCCCCGCGUGCGAACGGAUUGCAACCUCAGAACUCUUCAAAACUGAAAGCUUUCUGCAGUAUAUUACAUUCGCUAUCCACACUGUAAUAGAAGAACUCGCUAUCCACGUAGAAAUAAAAGAAUCGAAAAUAGUCAA